AUGGCGCACGGGCAGGAGUCGUCGCCGACGCAGGCCGCCGGCGCCGGGGCCGCCACGCUGUGCGCGAACGGCUGCGGGUUCUAUGGGAGCGCCGCGACCGAGAACAUGUGCUCCAAGUGCUACCGCGACCACCUCAAGGCCACCGACACGGCUGCCCCCGGCCCCGCCGUCGAGGGGGGAGACGAAGAGCCGACCGCCAAGACACCAGCGGCCGAGGCGUCGGCGAAGAAGCCGACCAGGUGCAUGGCGUGCAAGAAGAAGGUGGGGCUGCUGGGGUUCGCGUGCCGGUGCGGCGGCACCUUCUGCUCGCUGCACCGCUACGUGGACGGGCAUGCGUGCAACUUCGACUACAAGAAGGUCGACCGUGAGAAGAUCGCGCAGCAGAACCCUCUCGUCGUGGCACCCAAGAUCCACAACAAGAUUUGA